CCGCCCGCCGUGCUCCCGCCCCAGUCCGGCCCGGCUCCCCGGCUGCGCGCUCCAGGCUGGGUGCGAGCCAUGGGCAGCGGCAGCAGCCGGAGCGGCCGGAUCCCGAGGCGGCGGCGCAGCCCUGACAGGCGCCAGGCGGGCUCGGGAGAGGCAACCUCGGAGGGCGGCACGGCUGACCAGGCCCGGACGGCCGCGACACAGGAGGAGACCGGCUGCGACGCCCUUCCCGCGACGCCCCCCGGCGGCCGGGAGGAGACCCUGCGCCUGCUGGACCAGUUGCUGGCCGAGUCGGAGGCCUGGGGACCCCAAGAGCUGACCCCACGGGGCCCUGCCCGGCUCCCCCCCGCGGUGUCCCCAGAAAAGAAGACCAAGGACAACUCCGAAGACAGCUGUGCCUCUGAAGCUGCAGGCAGCAGCCACAAGAGACCCGAGGGGCAGUCAGCCAUCUCCUACGAUUACUCCGAAGAGGAGCUGAUGGCGAGCAUCGAACGGGAGUACUGCCGCUGAGCUGGCUGAGCAGCCCUGCUCACCCUGACCAGGCCUCGAGGGUCUGUGAGCUGGGCUAGAGUCAGAGGGUACCACCCUGCCCACGACCCCAACAGAGCAAAACCAAUUCUAGAAUACAGCCAUCUUUCCAAACUGAUCUUUAAAGAUUCGGGGUCAGAGUCCUGCCACCGGCCUGGCAGUCCAAGACUAAGGGCAAGCAAGUUGUGGGUCCUCCUCUCACACAGGGGACGCCUAGCUGUAUGGUUCCCCUCAAAUCUGAACUGCUAGUCCUUUCUACUUACUCACUUUCCAGGUGGGGAAGUGUCAACCCCUCUUGGCAUCUGUGCCACAGGCUUCUAGAAGGUUCUACCAAGGUUUGUUCUUGGUCUUUAUACUAAGAUUUCUCCAAAGGGAUACAGUUAACUCUAUGUGUAUCAGUUUCCACGUGCACACAGAGGGCUGGGGCAUUUGGCUGGAGGCAGGUCCUGAGCCUGUAGGUCUAGGUGGGUCCAGAGACUGCAUUUCUAACAGCACAGAGGUAAGAGCAAACUGCAGGUGCAAGGACUGAGGGUCUGCAUUUCAGGCUUUCCCUCCCUCGGCCUCUCCCCUCCUCAUGCUGGAGGCUUCUCCAACAGCACACCAGCCUGCCCUGCUUGGGUGCCGUAGGAAGAGAGUGCGGCCCAAGAGCCACACACCGCUCUGGCAUCCCAGUAUCACAUGAGCUUGUGGUGGGAUGCAGCUCUCAUGGAUUCCUCCUCUGGGCCUCAGUUUCCCUCUGGGAGAGAAUCCUGCAGGUUCUUUGAGGACUUUAAGCCCCACCAGCCUGGCAGCUCUGUCUUCUAGUCCGGCAUCCCAGUUGCCACUGUUUUAGCUGAGUGCAGAAUGGUACAGGUCUUCGUGACAACUGCUCUCUGCUUUCCCUUUGCCUGGCAGUCUGGCGAAAGGCUGUGUGGAACUCUUCUCCUCCUCCCUGCUCGGCUGGAAGGCAGUCACAAUAGUGCCAGAAGAGCUCUCAAACAUUCCCUGUAGACAGAGGGGGAAAUACAGGGAGCCUAUGGGAAGGAGGGAGGGGCUUGUGUGGGUCCUGUAGGGCCUGGGUCUUGCUUAGGUGUGUGGAAGUGCCCGAACAGUUGAUGAGGAUGCUGGCAGAAAGGGCUCAUAGUGAGUGGUGGCAUAUGCUUGCAGUAGUCAUCAGGCCAGUGCUAGAGGGUUAUUGCCAACUGAAGGCUACACAGAGAAUUCAAGACCCGCCUGGACUACGUAGUGGGAUGCUGUGUCAGAAAACCAGUAGAGAAUGAGGGAAUGGCUGCAGCUUUUGCUGAGGCCAGAAUAGUUCUCAGCUUAUGUUGCAUUCCUAUACCAGUAUCCUCCCUCUCCUGAGAACUGCUGCCAGCCCUCAAAUCCUCAGAGUUCAGCCUGGAGCAUCUCAGGAACCAAGGAAGAAUGAUCACCAGGACCAUCCCCACACCCACGUCCCUUUGCCGUCAUCUGCAAAUGAUUCCAUGAACUCUUACGACUUGACAAGUGUGCCUUUGAGUUCACAGCUGGGAGAAUUGGGCUAUGGUGGGAGCCCAGAGCCAGAGGGUGUCUACCAGUUGGCUGAACCUUGGGUCAGCAGCUCCCAGAGCUGAAGCUGUAUCUCACCGGAGCUCAAACAACUGCUUUUGAUAUCAGUUUCUAUUUUAAUACACCAACGCAAAUGUUACUAAUGCUUAUUAUAAAAUGUUAAAAUGAUAUGUUUCAACCAAA